GCCUUCCUCCACAUUGACGGUCCACCGACACCUGCAACAUGUAGCUGCGUAAACAACAGCAACACUGGUACACAACAACAACAACAACAACAACAACAACGAAGAAGACCCAUAGCCUAUAGAACACUUCCCAGCCUCGCGGAUCCACGCCCUCCAUCUCUCGCUUUACGCUUGUGCCUCCUUCUCUGUCCCAAAAAAGAAGUGGGUUUAAACCGGCAGAGAAAGUGUCCUCCUGUCCGGGUUUGUGCGCCCUGCGGACCGCACCACGUGAACCACAGAGGGGGUCUGCCGCACAAGCCUGUAAAACUUUAUUUAAUAAAGGACUUAGCUUCGGGGGAGAGGUGGCGGAUUUUAUUCUCCCACCCGCUCAUCUCAACGGUUGGACGGGAUUUCUGGGCUGCGCGGCCGCUGCUGUUGUCCAUGCGGGCGCUUCUACUCUCUGUGGAUGGUGCGUGAUAAUUUCAUCUGGAGAGGCCGAGGCCGACAUUUUACCCCGGUCCGGAGGAGCCUUAACUCCGUGGGGACAUCCGAGGACACGCGAUAAGGCUGGGAGGCUGAGAGCUGCAGGGCUGCGACAUGUGAAAAGACCUCCACCCCUUGACCCUCUCAACUUUCAACCUUAGAAUUCACUUGAACUGACGUUGUGACUGCGACCUGACACCCUCACGCCUCGGGCAUGCCUCAGCCGGGUAUGAAUGGGAUGGAGCCUGCGUUUGGCGAGGCCUACGGGGGACACAGGGGUCUGCUGAGCCCCUACCCUCUGGCCAUGUCGCCACAAGGGGGCAGGACUGAGUACGACCAGAGCGUGCUCCUCAUGCUGGGCUCCCCGGCAUCACCAAGAAAAAGGCCCUUUGAGUUACUAAGCGACCUGGUGGACGACGGUGGCUUUGGUGAGGACCUGCACCCGGAGCGCUGGGACGUGUCUGCGCUGGAUGAGAUGGCUCGCUACACCAAGCUGGGCCUCGGGGUGGGAGGGGAGCUGCUGGCCUGCUCGGAGGAGGCCGUCCUGAUGGGCCGCUGGGGGAGAAGCCGGGAGGAACAGGAGGAGGAAGAGGAAGAGGAGAGGAGGAGGAGGAACAGACACACGGCACCUCCCAUCACCCAGGAAGUCCAGGCCACUGCUGCAGGAAGGGAGGAGGGGCCUAUCUCUGUUGCCACAACAACAGAAAGGGAGUUAUGUGUUGCAGGAAGAGCGGCCGGAGGAGGACAGGAUGGGGGGAUGCCGAGGGAGCGUACAGUGGAGGUGUAUCAAGUGGCACAGGAGGAGGAAGAGGAAGCGGUGGCGGCAGCAGCUGCUGCAGGUUUGGCUCUGGAGCACUGCAGCGAGGAGCACAACUACUCCCUGAGCCAGGGUGAGGAGCUGGGGGCGGGGCCCCGUCACAACUCCCAGACAGAGGGGGUCAGGGUGGGGGAGACACAGCAGGAGGUGCGGGGCAGAGAGGAGAACCAGACCAAGAUUGAGCUAGAUCUGGACGACGAGGACGAGGAGCAUGAGGAAGAGGAGGAGGAGGAAGAAGAGGAGGAGGAGGAGGAAGAGGAGGAGGAGGAGGAAGAAGGAGAGGAGGGAGCAGAGGAGACGGCAGUGGAAGCUGAACUCUCCAGCUCCUCAGAAACUGAAUGUGAGGUGGAGGCCGAGACAGUGAGGCAGCCAGGCGAGCGCCCGUCGAAGCGUCGCUGUUUCUGGGAGUACCGACGUGCUCGAGAGUCAGCCACAAAGAAGAAGCUGGGCGGAGACGUCCACUGGUCUCUGUCCUGGAGCUCCAGCACUCUACCCAGCACGCUGUACCGCCGAGAGGGCAAAAAAGGGCGCCGUAAAGCUCGCAAGACAGACGCCAGCGACUUGACACCAAACCCCCAGAAGCUCCACAACAUCGGGGAGCAGCUGGAGAAGCUGAACGCUGCCAUCGACGGCAUGGGUCCGGUCAACGACCUGCCCGCUGUGGCCAGAGCCCGGUCCCGUAAGGAGAAGAACAAGCUGGCCUCCAGGGCCUGCCGGCUGAAGAAGAAGGCCCAGCACGAAGCUAACAAGAUCAAGCUGUGGGGGCUCAACCAGGAGUAUGAGAACCUGUUGGGAGCUCUGCUGCGAAUCAAGGAGGUGAUCCGACUGCGGGUGGAGAGCAGCGAGGAAGAGGACACUGAUGAGCGAGGGAUGACCCAACGCCUGGAAGACAUUCUCCGAGAGUCCAGCGGUCCUUUAGUUGCCGGGCGGACCAAAGACUUUGUAGAGAGGAUUUUGGCGGCUAGCGCUGGUGGCCAGAACCAGCGCAAAGAGGCCGAGCAAGGGGAUGAUGAGGCGGCGGGCUAAACUCACCCAGCAUCCCCUCUCCUCCAACCUCUUCCACGCCCUCCCCUCCCAGCACCACCAACCAACCCGACCUGACCGAGCUUCUCUACACCGCCUCCACUCUCACACUGUACACAUUUGAGUAAGAGCAAAGCGAUGAAGAGGUGGAGAUGCUGGGAAAGAAGAAGACGAGGAGGAGGAGGAAGGAGCAGCCUAAACAACAUGGGAGUAAAUUGCCACCGUGCUCCUGGUCCUCUCCUGUUGGCCCUCCAAACAGCAGCCGUCUUCACCGCUCUGUCUCUGCAGGCUGUACCACAACCACCACCAGGCCAGAGCUGCUGCUGCUGCUGCUGCUGCUGACUUCUCUGUAUUCUGUGUUCUGUCUGUGUGUGCGUAUGUGUGUGCGUGUUGGACAUGUAACAUACUGUAUGAGUGUGCAUAGUGUUCCUCUCUCCCUCUGUGUGCUGUAUUUGUAUCCCAGUGUGCCUAUGAAUAGACAUUGCACUGUUUUGUAGAUGGUCGUAGUUGCCGGCAGGGGACCGGUAGUGAGCCGAGGGCGAGGGGGCAUUUGAGGAUAGAGGAAGUACUAAAAUAAGAAAGUGGGAGGAGCCCAGGCCUUGAGGACAAAGAAGCGGGUGUGUGAUUUUUUUUUUUUGUUUGGCUGGGCUCCUAUAGAAGCACUGCAUACCAUUUGGAUUGCAUCGGCAGCUGAAAUGUCAGUAAGUGUUGUGAGACACAACAAGUGAUGGAGUCCUGAUGCCAGACCAGCUGUUGAUGGAGACAACAGCCGGUUUGUUGUGGAAAAGUCCUUGGAGCUUUAAUACCCCUCCUUCUUUAACAGCCCUUCACCCCAUCAAAAUGUAAGUAAAGUCAAAAAUGAAAGAGAAAAACUGCACCUUAAUUCAAAAUGACCAAAGAUAACUGAUACUGCUACUUGGACACCAAAACCUCUCACUGCUGCCAACCAUUAACACAUCAUUUUGUUUUGGGAAGUGAGGGAUAAGUGACUGAAAGAUUUUGAUUGUCGUAAUGUUUACCCGCAUCCCUAAGGGAUGACAUUAUUGAACGGACUUUAAUUCCCGUCACCUAAAUGCACUACUAUCAUGGACCUGAGAGCCUGUGGUGUGACAGACAGGAACAGUUCAGCCUUUUAGCUCUGCAGCCUGGUGCUCCUUUAGCUUAUCUGCAGUGGCUUUAUUUUUACCCACAAAGGGAAGUUUCCUCAAUGCCUUCCCCAAGCCCUCUCCUCAACCCCUGACCUGAUUAUGUAGCGCACCUUCCUGAAUUGCAAUGACAAAUAGAGGAAAACACUUGUAGAUCUAGUAAGCAAAUAAGUUUGAUUUGUUUUUAUUAUGAUUUUAUUGUUAUUUGGCAAUGCCACAGCCCACAUAGUGGGUGUCAGUCAUGAGAGUUUUGAAAUCUGCCUUUCUUCUGUGGUCUUUGCUGAAGCUGAAGACCAACCUGUCCAAGGUCUCUAAAUGUGGACAUAAAAAAAGUCAAGGACCCUUUGAAUUGCACUGUGGUAAAAGCAACUAAGCACCUUUGAAGAGGGCUCCAGAUCCUCCAAAAGAGAAAAAAAAGACAAAAAAGACUCUUGGCACCUUUGUCUAAAGACAGAUAUUGAUUGAGAGACUUGUCGUGGGCGCUCAGCGCUUUUUGACAGACUGGCGGUCUCGGAUUGUUUCAGUAUGGUGCUACUGUGUUGUGAAAAAAUAAAAAGCAAUGCAAACCUGAGCGGAGGCAUCAGGCAGUAACUGCUGACUGGGUUUUGGCCUGCGAGCACGUACUGUUGUAAUAGGCAGUUUGUUUGCAUAAUGACGCCUUUCUGAAGUGCCUGGAGCUUAAAGCCACAGGGACCUGUGUUAUUAUGCCUGAUCUUAAACCCUAUUACAAAGUAAAACGUAACCCAUGACUACUGCUCCGAGUUUGGCCUCACUUGACUUGACUUAGUGGGAAACAAAACUGCAGGCCUGUGUUAGGUCCCAACACAUACUCAGCUAAAAGUCAACCAAAACAUUUUGCUGUCAGAUUUAAACUUACACAUGGAAACAGUAGCUGGCACAGGUUUCUGUGAACAUCAUCUCUGGGAAAUAUAAGUAGUGGAGUGGCUGUUAGCUAAGCAAUCCCAUUUUGUUUUUUAACCUUGACGAGUAUCCGUCUGGGCUGCGUUCCAAAGCUGCUGCUGUAUAACACACUGUUCCCCUCCUAUGGAAACUCUAUUUCCUGUCUCAACCAGGAGAGGAGCAGUUAACCAUAAACUCUCCACCUCCUUGAGGUCUCCAGUCCAGGGCAGUUUGUCUUGCUCCUGUUUAGGUUUCGGUUUCCUUUUUUAUUCUGGGAAAUGUUGCUCAUGGUCAUAUGAGUAUAGAACUGUACUGUAAACAGAGGAUUCCUGUCAUUUAGCUGGAAAGGUUUCAUUGCGGAGGUCUGCCUCUGGUAAACAGAGCUUUUCAGCUCUGAUGCCAAAGACAGAUAGACUGGCUUUGCGUGAAAAGAUAGUUGAAACAGCAGUUUGGGACUGAUGUCACUGAGGCUUCUUAAACAUCACCACAGAAACCUGGUCAGGUUUUUGUGUGAUCAUUUUACAGUUAGAAAAAAUGACAGAUGAUCUAGGAAAAGCUCAUUAAGGCCAGGAGAGUUAAACUAUGUUGAUUAAAGGUGCAGUCCGCACUCUUUCUGCUGCUGAGAAGCAGUUCCUUCCUCAACCCACUUUCCCUUGAGGCUUGGCAAGCUGCCGACACUGCCAGCGGUGUCACAGGAUCUCAUGCUGGCAGCAGCUUCCAUCACAUGCCCUCGCACAACAACAAACAAAACAGAAAACAACCGUACAUAUUGCUGAAGUUUAAAAUGUGCAACCCAUCUGUCACGUCGGAGGAGGACGAGGUUUAAGAGGGAUUCCACUUUGAAUGCACAAGUUUGUCCUGAUGUUUUCCUUCCUCCAAAGUGGUGUUACGUAACACAAAACACCAUCUGCUGUGUACAUUCAUCUAUAUGCCAAAAACUGAACUGAAAACUGUUGUGAAAGUGAAUUCCUGCCACAGAUCCAAACAACAAACAAGACAUGACUCCGGAUUUUACGCAACUAGCGAGCUCGUGUAAGGGCUUAAAUUGAUGCUGUAGCAUUAUUCCUCUUUAGAGAAACAUCUUGACAUUUUUGUAUCAUGGAAAAUCCCUUUAACUGUAAAGCUUUAACAGGGAGUGGCCAGCUUUGGCAAGGCCACUGAUUUCUGCUCACAUUCCUGACUGAGCUUCCCAGAAAGCUUCUGCUUAUGUAUACCUGGAAGCAAGGGGCCGAUAUGUGAGGGGGAAAAACUGGAAUGACCCAAAAAUGUCCUCUGUUUGGUCACGUUUCUGUAGCUGUUAACACGAUGGUCAUCACUCGGGUCCCGGGUCAACCAAGGAACAGCAUGGAUUUAAAGAAUACAGAACUGAUACUCAUAACUCACAAACUUGGCCAACUCUGACCUAAUAUGGACAAUGACUUUGCAUUAUUUUGGCCAUUGUUAUCUGAGUUACUUCCUCAAUGGGUGUCACCGUCUGCCAGACAGAGAGAAGUAAACAGCCCCGAAACUGUUGUUGGUGUGCUCAGUGGCUCUUUCUGAGAAAGAGAAAGUUACGGGGAAAGAGAGAUUUUCUGCCCUUAAGAGUGAAAGCUGAAUCCACCUCAGCUGCAGAGGGGACAGUGACAGCUUGAAAGCCCUAAGAGCACACUUGAUGUCAAAUGUACACAGACAUAAGAGAUGGAGGUCCCCAUAUUCCUUAGAUGUUAGUGUUUAAGUAGGGCUGCAAAUGAAGAAAUCUGUUUUUUUUAAUGCAUUAACUCAAGUCUGGUACCACCAGAUUGUCUUCUGUUAGUCACAUCCGUGGAUAACUACCCCGUGUUUGGAGGACAUACUUUCCUCUAAAUUUGGCUGCAGUGGUGAAAGAAGUAGUCGAAUAAUCACUGGCACACUGGUUGUGUUGUGUUACAGCUCUGUUGUGGCUGCCGGAGACGAUCUGCUGACAAUGAAGCCAAUGUGCCAAAUGCCAGGACUUCUCUUGGCCAGCCACACUGACUUCCUUGGGUCUCCACUGGUCCUCACGGUGAUGACAAAACUCCAGGAAGUCACCCUUGCCGUGGUAUUGGUGAGCUGUAGAGGUGCUGGUAGAUACAUGUUGUUACCUUUUGGAGAGAGCAGGAUAGCUGUUUCCCCCUGUUUCCAGUCUUUAAGCUAAGCUAUCCCUCUCAUCAGAGUGGUUUCAAUUUUCUCAUCUUACUAAAGGCAGGAAAGUAAAUAAGCAAAUCUCCCGUAAUGUACAGAUUUAUACCUGAGUCCCCAAAGUCUGUGAAGCAGAAGAAGGAAUGCAGUUGUUUUCCUUCAGCUAGUAUGAACUAUUAAAAAGACAGAUACAGAUACUCAAGAAAACGAGGCAUACUGUAGUACAGUAAUUAAAACAACCACAUUGAUCAUAGAUGAGCUGCAACUGCAACUCUUCAGUAUGCUUGUAAAACACCCAGAAUGUCAGCAAAACAACUAUUUUGGAAAUGUGUCUGUUGAGGAACAGACUGCUUGAAGACGCACCACUCCUGAAAUUCUUUGGUGGGCAUUUGAACUGUGACGGAGACAGAACAGAGCUGCGUGCAGCCACAUCUGGGAAGCAUCUGGGCUUAGUCAGUCAACAAAAUUGAGAUACAACAACAAUUUUGAUAAUGAAUUUAUUAUUCUAGUCGUUUAAAUAACAUUUGCUGUUUUCGGCGUCUGUUAUAUUUGCUGCAUUUCUCUGUUUUAUAUUAUUCUAAAUUUAAUAUAUUUUGGCAUUGAACCAUUAGUUGGAAAAACAAACCGUUUGAAACUGUUUCUGUUUCCCUCCACUUGUACCUGCGCUGGUAUGCUUGGGUUAAGAUAUCCAAGGUCUAAAAUAGCCCCUACUUGGAAAACACUAAGUUGAUUUGAGUAACCCAUAUGGAGUAGUAGUGAUGGAGGGACAUGGACAGGGAGAAGCUGUUGGCCUCCCUCCUUCACCACCUUUCACGUGAGAGCAGUGAGGUUUUGGACCAGCGGGCUGAAUAGACCCAUCAGUAAGCCUAAACUGGUGGGACACUGCUGACCUCCGGGUGCCCGUCCCCACUCUGCCCCAGCGCUCACAUUGUCGGAGACACUCAGGCUUCUCCGGUUUCAAAGGCGACGUGCCUCCGUGCAGAGGAGGCUGGGGGAAACAGCACUUAAACAGGGCCUCGGAAUAGUUUAUCCGAAACCCUUUAAUCCCCUCCACCACCUCCGCCCCCUUUCACACUCUGACAACUGCAUAGGAGGAGGAGGAGGAAUCACUGCUGCCUGCUGUGGCGGCAGCAUGGAUCUUGAUGCCCCUGUCCCCUUUGUCACUGACCUGGAAACUCUCAUCUGGGAAGAAUCCAAGUGGAGAAAGGUGUUUAGUUUAGACCUGCGGGUCCACAGAUUUCUUAUCAGUGAAGCUGAGGUGGAUGAAGCUGGCUGAAUCUAGCUCCACUCUGUGCCUCUCAUGUCUUAUAACUACAUUCUCGUCACAGAGCAAAGCAUCUGUUUUUAUAAAAUCUCUGGCAAUCUUUCAAAAAACCCAGGUCAAUGAAAGACCCUGAAAAACCUGCUUCCUCAGUCAGCUUCUUAGUAUGAGCAAUGGGAUCUUACAUGUACACACAAUUGUCUGCCAGUGUUAGAACAGUUUCCGUUAUUUAAAAUUUUCUGUAUUUGUCUUUUUCUCUGUGCUGUCCUCACUGGUUUGAGGGGGGCGGGGCUCUGUUAGAAAAGGAGGAUGUUACAUAUUUCAAUGCGCUAAUCAGGAUUCAGCAACAUUUAAAUCAAAAUGUGAUCAAUCAAAUGUGAGAAACCUCUACCCAGUCUUAAUGGCUUUUUGCAAACAGCCUGAAGAUGUUCUUUUUUCAAAAUAUCCUUGCUUGUUGUUUUCAAGCCAUUUUUAACAAUUCAUUUUAAUUUAAUAUUCAGUCCGCUGCAAAAUAAACCCGUUAACCCGUUUUCCAAGUUGUGAGUCUAUUCUUAAUAAAAUAAUAUAAAAAUAAUUUAGUAUCUGGUGACACAGCUACUUGCUUGCUUUGUAUCUUGUUUAUGCUGCAGAGGAUAGAAUAUUUUUAUGUCUGAAUAAACAAGAGUUACUGACCUUUAAAACUGUGGGAAGUUACCCCCCAUUUUGGGGAGGGGUUGGCCUUGAAUCAAAAUAAAUUGACAUUUGAUCAUUA